UCCUUGCAUUCUAUAAAGCUGACGCACCAUCAUUCUUCUCAAACCGCAAGCCUAAAAAACGAAUCUCCUGCCUAUCUUAAAACUCAAGAAACAAUGUCAGAGAUUGCCGGAGAUUCUUUAACCAUAACCAUGGAAGAAGAAAUCCAUAAACCAAACUGCCAGAGGAACGCCUCUGGCGAACUUGACGUUUUCGAAGCCACUCGAUAUUUCUCCGACUUCAACGAACCAACUACGAUCGAGUGCUCAAGAAUCCAGAUUCAGAAACAGAGCAUUGUUACAGAACCUCGACAGAACAGAGUGUACCCUGAUACAGAGGAUCAGCUCUCGGAACCCAGAGUCAUCGCCAAGGAGAUAACACGUGGCGGUGGUCGGAAGCUAACCAGUUUCUUGAACUCUCUGCUUCGUUCGGCGGGUUUAAAGAAAUCAAAGUCAAAGUCAACUCCGGAGGUGGAGACUCCACGAGGAGAAAGGAAGAGGAGGAAGAGCUGCGUGGUGACCACACACGCCGCAGAUGCUUCACCGAUCUCCGGUGCGGGCGCGUGGCGGUUAAACGCACGUAGGAGAAGCUUCGAUGAGAAACACGUGAAAGAUUCGAAGAAGAGUGAUCAGAAGCUGAACAUGAGGUUUUGUGAGAGUCUCUGUUCGGACCAGAGGGCUGAGUGUAAAGAUCGAAAUGCAGGAGAAGAUGGUGUAAAUGGUGGUUCCGAGAGUGAUACAAUUUCAGAUGGUUUUUCAUCAACUCAACUCGGCGACCAAUGCUCGUCCGACGAAGAAUGCAACGUAGGACUUGGUUGUUAUAAAUGCGGCAUCGAUGUUGCAAGAUGCGUCAGAUCAAAUAUCACAGAUCAAUUCUCCGUCGUGAACAAUUCGAUGCCGUUUAAUAAAUACGCAUUCUUGACGACUCACAAUUCAUAUGCCAUUGAAGGAAAACCGUUACAUGUGGCAACCCAAGAAGAUACUAUAACCAAACAACUCAAUAGUGGUGUUCGAGCGUUGAUGUUGGAUACCUACGAUUACGAAGGAGACGUAUGGUUGUGCCAUUCGUUUGAGGAAACAUGCUUUGAGUUCACCAAGUUUAAUCGGGCGAUAGACACAUUCGCUGACAUAUUGGCGUUCUUGACAGCAAAUCCAUCAGAGAUUGUAACGUUAUUUUUGGAAGAUUACGUCAAAUCGCCAAACGCGCUAACCAAAGUUUUUACAAAUUCCGGUUUGAAGAAAUUCUGGUUUCCGGUUGAAAAUAUGCCUACGGGUGGCCAAGAUUGGCCAUUGGUUAAAGAUAUGGUUGCCAAUAACCACCGGCUAGUCGUCUUCACUUCAGCUAAAUCUAAGCAAGAAACCGAAGGAAUAGCUUACCUGUGGAAUUACGUUUUGGAAAACCAAUAUGGAGACAAUGGAGUUAAGCCCGGGGAAUGUAGCAAUAGAGCAGAAUCAGCAUCGUUAACCGAUAAAACCAAAGCUUUGGUUUUGGUAAACCAUUUCAUGACAAUUCCGGUUAAGAUAUUGACUUGUGAGGAGAAUUCUAAACAACUUCUCGACACGAUUAAGACAUGUUACACAGCCGCAGGGAACCGAUGGGCCAAUUUCAUCGCCGUCAAUUUUUACAAGAGGAGUGAUGGAGGAAGAACAUUUCAAGCAGUGGAUAAACUAAACGGGGAACUUCUAUGUGGACGUGACGAUGUUCAUGAUUGUAAACUUUAAAAAAUGC